GUAAUGUUCUGAUCUUUCUAACAUUUCUUCUUCCUUUUAUUUUCUGGUGCAUCACCAAAAUUUCUAUCAUUCUUGUUUAUCUAUGUAUCAUCUUCGUCUACAUAUUAUAUAAGAUGGAACUAGAGCAGCCCAGGUUGACGGAAGAUCCCAGCGUGCAAGAUAUCAUGAAUCCAAAAAGUAGUGCUACUCACAAGACCGCAACUUCUUCUGUGAUCAGAAAGAGUAAUGAGUCAUUUAAUGAUCUUUGCGGGCAAUCAGAAUCCUUUAGGACACUAGAAAUGGAUGUGCCGAAAUGCCUGUCAGCAGAAGAAAAACUCGCUUGGCUGCGCUCUCAAAUCAUUGGUGGUGAUAUCGAGUUUGAUUUUCCUUUUGGAAGACGAAAACUCAGUUAUGCAGAUCAUACUGCCUAUGGCCGUUGCUUUCAUUAUGUUGAGGAUUUUGUCAUUAACAACAUUUUUCCCUUCUAUGGGAACACACACACCUGUGAUAGUUACGUGGGUCAGCAGACCACAAAAAUGGUGCGCUUUGCCUCGGCCUACAUAAAGAGAUGCUUAGGCGGCGGAGAACAUGACGCAAUCCUGUUUUGUGGAUCUGGAACAACGGCGGCUAUCAAGAGGCUGCAAGAAGUUAUGGGCAUCGCCGUGCCAUCAAUCUAUCGAGAGACAUUAAUCAAAUGCCUGGCUGACGAGGAAAGGUGGGUAGUGUUUUUAGGGCCUUAUGAACAUCACUCCAAUCUCCUCUCAUGGAGGCAGAGCUUGGCUCAAGUGAUAGAGAUUGAUUUGGACGAGAAUGGGUUGAUAGACAUGGAAGCUCUAAGACUGCAACUUGAGUCCUUUAAAGAUGCAAACAGACCAAUAUUGGGUUCGUUUUCAGCUUGUAGCAAUGUGACUGGGAUUCGUUCUGAUACUCGGAAGAUCGCUAGACUUUUUCACCAAUAUGGAGGGUUAGCAUGCUUUGAUUUUGCAGCAAGUGGUCCUUAUGUGGAGAUUGACAUGAGAUCAGGAGAAGCUGAUGGGUAUGAUGCUAUUUUUCUAAGCCCACAUAAAUUUCUAGGUGGCCCUGGUUCGCCUGGUAUUCUUCUGAUGAGUAAAGCACUCUAUCAGCUCAAAUCUUCCCCCCCAUCAACUUGUGGAGGUGGAUCUGUUAAUUAUGUUAAUGGAUUUAGUGAAAAGGACACAUUGUACUUGGAGGAUAUAGAAGAAAGGGAAAAUAGUGGGACACCCCAAAUAAUCCAAAUGGUGAGAGUGGCAUUAGCAUUUUGGGUGAAGGAAUACAUAGGUUAUGAGUUAAUUGAGAAGCAAGAAAAUAUCUACAUACACAGAGCUCUGAAAAGGCUUCUUCCCAAUCAUAACAUUUGGAUUCUAGGAAACACAAGUGCUAAGAGACAAGCCAUAUUGUCUUUCAUGAUUUACUCCACCACCAAUUCCUCCUCUCAUGAAGAGAAAAAACAUUCUGACAAUGUUGACGAUGCAAGGACAAAAAAGGUUGUAGGUCUGUAUAUGUGGGAAGAGGCAGGGAACAAGAGAGACAAGCCACUUAAUGGACCAUUUGUUGCAAGACUCCUCAAUGACUUGUUCGGCAUCCAGGCUCGAGGUGGUUGCGCUUGUGCUGGACCUUAUGGUCAUCGUCUGUUCGGUAUAGAUGAGACUCAAGCUCAAGCUUUCAGAUCUGCCAUUCAAAAGGGCUAUUCAGCAGUGAAACCAGGAUGGACAAGAGUGAGCUUCCCCUACUACAUGUCCAACGAGGAGUUUGAGUUCAUUCUUGCUGCUUUGGAGUUUAUAGCUACUUAUGGGCAGAGAUUUCUCCCCUUGUAUCACUUCAAUUUGACAACUGGAGACUGGACUUUUAAACAUGAGACAUUUCAGGACAUUUUAGGAAAAGAGAAGAACUGCGAAAUUGGGUGGUUCCCACUGGCAGCUGCCGCGAAUGCAUUCAGCUUAGAACAUGGCAGAUUUGAAGAACACAAUAUAGAUGACAAACAUCAGCAAGGGAUGAUCAGCAAGUAUGCAUCAUAUUUGGAGAAUGCUAAACAGAUUGCUGGUCUGCUUCCUAAGUUUCCCCCUCAACGUAGGCUUCAAGGAGACAUAGACCUUAACUUGUUACCCUUCAGGGUCUAAUUCUUCUCCCUUUUAUAUUUGUAAAUCUUGUCAACAUUCAUUGGCAAUGAUAUAAGAUUUGGACGGGUUAUAAGCUUAUUAUAAAAUCAUUACUAUACAUAUAUA